UAUAUCUGGAAAAAUGCACUUACGUCUGCUUUGUGCAGAUUGAGGGCCAGUCUUUUGGAAUGUUUUGAUCGGAAAAACUUUGUCAGGCUUUCAACCUGUUUUGAGGGUAUCUUAAGGAAGGAUCCAACAUGUAGUCACUCAUUGGCAAGACUUAUCAGGAUGCAUCAAACUGGAAACUACUCUUCAGAAUCACUUCUGGAUAUGAUAGCUUUGCAUCUAGAUGCUACAUAUGCAGAUAGCAAUAUACCAAGAGAGUUCGCUUCAUGCUUCCUUAAGCUUUCUCUGUAUGAUGAGGAUCGAAUGUCGGUAUGUCCUGAUGCAAAUGAAGGGGGAAAAAAGCAAACCUUGUCUCUCCGUUAUAAUAGGGUUCCAGAUAUAUUGACAGAGGGUAAAUCAGGAAAAGCUUGGAUGUUCUGCUGCAAAUGGUGGCUGCGUCGGCACUUCAGCCAGAACAUGCUUACAUCAGAAAUUUCUGCAGGUGAUUUGCAGUUGCUAACUUACAAAGCUUCAUGUGGUUGCCAUAUGUAUGGACCAGCCUUGGAUUAUAUUGUGAAGGCAUACACUUAAUUAGAGAAGGCAAAAAAUUAUAGAGAUUUGUCCAUGUUCUUGCAAAUCCACAUGCAUAAUGCCAUCAGUCUGACUUCAAAUUUUCAACAUAGAACUAAAUUCAUAAAUAAAAUCAUUAUAUUUUUGCUUGGACUGGGAUCA